GCGCAUCGCGCCGCGGCUACCGCCUGCGCUGAAGGCCUGGGCCCUGAGGGGCCCGCGUCGAGUGGUGGCGGGGCCGGCGUGGAGGCACAAGCGGCAGGCUCGACCUCGAGGCACGAUGCAGUCCUGCGGCUCAGCGGGGGACAGCCGCGGCCUCCAAGAGAGCGGCACCGCCCUCUGGGUCGACGACCGCGGCACCAUCGACGGCGUCGUGGCCAGGACCCAGUGGCCGUAG